AUGACCGGAGACAACACAGAGGGACCGGUAGAGCCAUACAAAACUGUCGGAGCACACAGAGACCUGAUUCAUUGCGUCUCCUUCGAUCCACAUGGCCGCCGAAUGGCAACUUGUGCCAGCGACAUGACGAUGGCUAUCUGGGAUCGGCAACCCAAUGGAAACUGGCGAAGAUCCGCACAUUGGAAGUGCCACGGAGGAGCAGUUUGGCGUGUGAUUUGGGCGCAUCCCGAGUUUGGACAGAUUGUUGCCACGUGCUCUUAUGACAGAACGAUUGUGGUUUGGGAAGAACAAAUUGUGAGAUCUGAGAAGGAUUUGAAGUCGAAAGAAUCUCAAUGGAUCCGACGAACGAUAAUCUCCGACAAUCGCUCCGAUGUGACUGAUAUCUGCUUCUCCCCACGCCAUCUUGGUCUUAUGAUGGCCUCUUGCAACGUUCUCGGCGCCGUCAGAAUCUACGAAGCUCCAGAUGUCGUCGACGCCUCCAGAUGGAAUCUGAUUCACGAGCUACAAGCAUUCCACACCCGAUGUGGAUGUGUCACCUGGUCACUAUCUCGUAUGCACCGCCCAUUGAUUGCGGUUGGAUCUGAUGAGAAGAAGGCGGGUGGCAAGGAGAGAGUUGUGAUCUAUGAGAAUAUUGAUGGAUUGAGGAAAUGGCAUAGAAUUCAUUCACUCGUUUUCGAUCUUCCAUGCCCGAUUACUGAUUUGAAAUUCUCCCCAAUUUCCAUGGUUGACAGUCACCAAUUGGCUAUCGCUUCUGGCGACGUCAACAUCUUCAACAUCAAAGUUGCACGCUCGGCGAUUCUCGAAGAGGACGGUGUGGACAAUCCAAUUACACUGGCUGAUUAUAAUGUUCAACGAGUCGCCCUUCUUGGCGAUCAUCGAAAAGCUUGGAGGAUUCGAUAUAAUCUCAUGGGAUCUGUCAUCUCGUCCACAAGUUUGGAUGGCACGUUGAGAUCGUGGAAAUCACUAUUCGUAAACCAGUGGGUGAAACUGAGUGAGAUGAACGUCGACGACUACGUCCCGUCACCAGAAGAAGUUCGUGCACUUGUCGCAUCAAAAACCACUGAACGCCUUCCCGAACAACUUGAUCAAAACUAUUUUUGA